AUGAAAACAUGUAUUCACAGGGAAGAUUGGUCUCAUGCAUUUUAUAUGGGAAAACUCUAUGAAAAGCUCGAAUACUCGCAUGAUAUAUCAUUCUCAUAUUUUGUAAAGGCUAUUGCUUUGAAUCCAUUAGCUGCAGAUCCUUUCUACAGGAUGCAUGCUUCACGCUUGAAGUUGCUCUAUACGGUUGUUGCAGCAUAUUCCUGUACUCAAUCUACAAAGGAUACUGUCAUGAAUAUGUUUGACAGAAUGUACCCUAAAACUUCACAGUCACCAGUGGAUGUUGAGGGAAGUACUGAUGCCAAUUCUGACUAUAAGUUGGAAGAGGGGACCUCAAAUAUUUUCAUAAAGCCAGAUAUUCUUGCUCAAGGGUUGUAUAGGAGGGGUGAGAGUGGGGAUCUCGAGAAGGCUAAGGAGGAGCUUUCUUUUUGCUUUAAGUCAUCUCGUUCUUCCUUUACUAUAAAUAUGUGGGAGAUUGAUGAUCUUGUUCCAGUAGCACUUGGUAGGUUCCUCAAGGCUCUAACUUCAUCCAUGCAUCGAACUGACAAUGGCUCUAGAGCUACGAGUAGCUCUCUUGAUCAUCUUCUAGAGAAGAUGUUCUCUUUGUUCUUGGAACAGGUGACCAUAUGGUCCGAUAUAUGCAAUUUGCCUAAGAUCAAGGGCCCAAAGUUGGUGGAAAGCAACUUACAUGGAUAUCUCUAUCAAUACAUCCAGUUGUUAGAGAGCAAUGCCAAGCUAGAAAUGCUUGAAGGAAUGAAUGAGAAGAUAAGAAAGCAUUUGAAGAACCCAAAGUUAUCAAAUAGUAACUGCGCGAAGAUUAAGAAUGCUAUAAUCAAGAAAGUUUCUGAUGAAGAUUUGGAGCCUGCCACAACAUUGUUGAGAUCUUCAUACAACUUCUAUAGGGACACCUCUUGUGCUAUGCUCCCGUCAGGUGUAAACCUUUAUAUGGCACCAUCUCAGUUAGCAAUAGAAACAUGUAUUCAACUGGGCAUAGAUGGGGUUGACAUUCUUGAUAUGAAUACCUCCCGGAAGCUUCUUUUGUGGGCCUAUACACUGUUGACUGGUCAUUGCCCUAAUAUCUCAAUUGUUAUAAAGUAUGGUGAAGCAAAUGCCAAAGGUGGGGGAAAAGAUGGGAUUGGAAAGUGCAGUGAACUGGGGGCUGGCCCAACCAAUGUAGGAGCUUGCACACGUAGUGUGGGAUCUAACACUUUGCCCGAAUCUAAGAACAAAUGCAAUGUGACAUAUGAUUCUUUUCCUGAAACCAAGAGAGUAGAGAAUGUGGCAUCUUCUUCUAUGCUUGAAACCGGAAGUUCAUGUAAUGUGGCAUCUGUUUCCCAACCCAAAACUGAUAGUGCAUCAAAUGUGUCAUCUUCUUCUUUGCCUGACAGCAAGAGCAUGCAUAGACUAAAUGCAACUCCUUCCAAUGAGAGUCAAAAGAUUUUAUCAGCUAAUCCAUGUCUGCUUCAGUGUAAUAGUACUGUUCCAGAAAUGAGCAAUGUGGAAGUUGAGCCAGAUGGAGGAGAUCCCAACAAUGUUUAA